CAGAAAAUCGAAAUGGAUGCGGCUCCUGAUGCACCGUCUUCGCUGCCUAUUCCCACAGCAGAGAACGACCUGCAGCCUUUCUUCGUUCUUCACAAAGCUUCUCCGCCCCGAAAAUCUGCCGCAAAAGCCAGACGAAGGAUCGAUCUGUCUCCCAAAACUUGCGAUAGUUCUACAGAACAAAAUGAUGAUAGCUUGCGAUUGGAAACCUUCAACUCUCUUUGGUCCAAGACUGAGUCAAUUAUCAAGGACGUUCUAAAAAAUCUUAACGCCAAUGUGUUCGAUGAAAUUGAUAAGUGGGUUCAUGUGUCCUUCAAUGCAAUUCGUGCCUGCAGAAAGCUUGAUUGCUUUAGUGCCACAAGCCCAUACCCGAUUUUAAAUAGUGCAUCAAUUGCUGCCGCUGGUGCAUCCAGACAAAUCUUCACCGGAUUGCUUUUCACGAAAAAUAUGGAAUUCGUUGAUGACACACUAACAUUUGCGGACCUUGGUGUACAUUUGAGGUCCAAUGGAUGUUAUGUAGCUAAUCUUACAUCCUUGGACUUCUCCGCCAAGAGUGGAGUUGGUGGUUGUCUUAAAACUUUAUUGAGACAGUUUCUGAUGGUCGGCAUUGAUGCGCCUGACAUGUCCAUUUUAGCAUCGUGGUACACUGAACAAGAGAACUAUGAGAGUCCACUGGUUGUGAUAAUUGAUGAUGUGGAAAGAUGCUGUGCUUCUGUCUUGGCUGAUUUCAUUAUUAUGUUGAGGGAAUGGGUAGUAAAAAUUCCACUAGUUUUAAUACUGGGAGUGGCAACUGAUGUUGAUGCUCUAAGGAACAUUCUAUGCUCAAAUGUAUGUUCAUAUCUAUCAGUUCGUGAAUUUGCUUUGGGGACCCCAGCUGAAAGGAUGGAUGCUGUCAUUGAGUCUGUUCUUCUGAGAAGUGAAAGCUUCAGUAUUGGGAAACAGGUGUCAACUUUCCUGAGAAAUUGCUUCUUAAGACAUGAUGGUACACUGACAUUAUUUAUCCGAGCUCUAAAGAUUGCUAUGGUCCAACACACUUAUGGAGAAACUUUAAGCUUUACUCUUACGAAAAUAGUUGAUGAAGAAGGCUCCAAGGGCUUUGAUGGUGAGAAUAUCUUACUCAGAGACAUUGUGCUCAAGCGGGCUCUUAAUCUUCCAUCUUUACAAAGAUUUUGUCAGCCUAGUGCUAGGCUUGUUGACUGGGCCAGUGGUUUGUCCGAACUAAAAAGACUUCGCACCCUAUGGAGCUCUACUGUUAUGUGCUUGUAUGAAGCUGGGAAGUAUCAGAAAAUUUCCCUGUUAGAUUUAUAUUGUGAGCUUCUCGAACAUGACCAACGCUACUCUGGUGCUUCUGAUCAUACACAAUUGGCAAAAGAUAAAAUCGUCUCAUCACAUAAUAAUCACUUCCAUGGCUGCUUGCAGAAAGAAGGUUAUGUUAUUCGGGCAUUCCAGAUAGUAAGGGAUCUGACAGCUGUGAAACUCUGCAAGUUGCUCAACAGGUGGGAAUUGCUUACCAGAGGCAUAAAAGAGAUUCAUGAAAAAGUAAAGGAGCUACAGGCACUGAUGAAAUCUGAGGAGAAUCGUCCAAAACGGGAUCUGAAAGAGGCAUCUAAGAAGCCAACAGCCAGGAAUCUUAUAAAUGAGAAAACAGCUAAAACCACAGCCAAUGAGAAAGUUGCCACAUUUCUACAAUGUAUGGUCAGGCAGUAUAUCCAGCCCAUUGAAAGUAUACCUUAUAAUGAAAUAAUCUUCUUCAAUAAUGUUGACAAACUCCAAACAGCUUUGAUAGGAGACCCUAGAAGAAGAAUCCAGGCUGACCUUUUAGAGUCUCACAAAUUCGUAAGGUGUUCUUGCUGCAGCAAAAAUAGUGGUGUGCCAAUUCCAUCAAUGCAUGAUACCUCAAUAAUGUACUCUCUUGCUCAAGAGCAUGGCGAUCUGAUCAAUCUCCAUGAAUGGUUUCACUCUUUCAAGUCAAUCGUUUCUCUUCCACCUUUACAAGCCAAGAGGAGGGCACGGGCUUCACCAUCACCUAAGAAACGAAAAAAUUCUAAUGAACCUCAGAACAGAAACGAUGCAAAAAUCCAAGCAGCAUUUUGCAGGGCAGUGACGGAGCUACAGAUUACAGGGCUGCUUCGGAUGCCUAGCAAAAGACGCCCGGAUUAUGUGCAGAGAGUGGCUUUUGGACUUUGAGUACACCGGAGGUUAUGGUGACUUAUGUUGCAAAUUCAUUAAGGUCGAGAUGCAUCAGCUAUCUCAAACACAGUAGCUUUUAAUCAACAUCAAAUGCAGACAAUCAUGUCAAGCUAAAAACAGAUAUUACUAUAUAUGGGUUUCUAUAAUGUUCAUAAGAGUUGAUAAACUCUAGAAAUUUUGAAUGGGAAGAAAAAUGUAUUUAUUAGAGGUUGAUUGUGUCGAUCAUUAAGUGCCAAAGAUCGUGUAAGGUUGCGUAGACAACCAAUCAAAUGUGAAGGAAAACUUUAGUUUGAAUUGAAUUCAAUGUAUGGGAUGGGACAGCUGCCGAAUUGGCUACUUGAGUUUUAACUUAUUCGGUAACCAUUGGACCAAGACAAUAAUGUAAACCGCAAAUCUUAU